AUGGGAGAGGUGAACGCUCCACCUAUAGUUAGCCCAGAUGAUAGAGUGUGCGAGGAAAUUUACGUCCGCACGAUCGUUCGUGAUCGCGACGGUCGAUAUAGUGUAGCGCUACCCUUUAAAGGAGAUGUUUUAUCUCUCGGAGAUUCGCGUCAAAUGGCAGAAAAACGUUUCUACAGCUUGGAGCGUAGGAUGCUCGCUUCACCACAGUUAAAAGAAGCUUAUGACUUCGUCAUUAACGAAUACAUAAGGGAAGGUUACAUAUCACUUGUGGCCUCGAAAUUAGUCCGUCGUAUUUCAUACCACAUCACGGGGUCAUUAGGGAGGACAAACUUACAUGUAAGUUACGUGUAG